ACCACUUUUAUCCAUCUAAACAAAUUGACAAAUUGUGCUUAUAAUAAAUAAAAACACACCAUGAUUUAUUUUCAUUUUACGGUUGUUUUCAGACACGAAUAACGGUUACCAUGAUACGCCGCUGCCCUGGCAACCAGCUAGCAACCUUAGCGGUAGUACUGCUUGUUAGCUUAGCUUAGCUGCCCAAAAUACCUCCCUGAAGCCUUGUAUCUCUGUAUGGAAGCGGUCAGCAUCUCUAACGGGGUGAGGGAUUUAUUACUGGCAACACACUGACCAAUGGUUCAUGUAAGGUCUCUCCGGGAUAUAAUGAGGAACGUUAUUGUGCUGUCACUGCUGCUGCUGAAUAUACAUCAUGUCAAAUCAGCACCCAAGGGCGUCACUGCCAGUCUAAAAGCAAAGUGGAGCAUGACGCCUUUCCUCCUGGAGACAAGCGAGUUUAUUGGAGAAGAUGGGAAUGAGAAAUUCUGGCAGUUUGUUGACACUGUGAAAGAGCUCACUGUAUACAAGCACGGAGAAUCUGUGCGCUCGUACUACAACCUGAUCCUCAAGAAGGCUGGCCAGUUCCUCACAGAUCUUCAAGUUAAUCUCCUCAGAUUCGCUCUGGCCCUACGGUCAUACUCACCAGCUGUUCAUGCAUCCCAGCAGAUAGCCAGUGAUGAGCCUCCGCCUGAGGCUUGCCCUGCCUUUGUCUCCAUCCAUGGUCAACAUAGCUGCAGUACCAAGGACAUCAAGAAGCUCCUGAAGGCAGCUGCAGGCAGGCCAAAACCAUAUUUAUACAAGAACGAUCACAUAUAUCCAGGGGUCAAUAAAACAGAUGUGCCAGUCGUGAUCCUCUAUGCUGAGAUUGGAACCAAGAAGUUCACCUCGUUUCAUAAGGUGCUGUCAGAGAAGGCUGGAGACGGCACACUUAUAUAUGUGCUGCGGCAUUUUGUAGCGGAGCCAAAGCCUCAAAAGAUGCUUUUAUCUGGGUAUGGUGUUGAGCUGGCUAUCAAAAGCACAGAAUACAAAGCUGUGGAUGACACCAAAGUAAAAGAUUCAGUUACAAACGCUGAGGAUGACAAUAUUGAUGAAGUCCAAGGGUUCGUUUUUGGAACGUUAAAAAAAUCUCACCCUGAACUCCAGGAGCAACUCGCCGACCUUCGCAAACAUCUCCUGGAGAGUACCAAUGACAUGGUCCCUCUCAAAGUGUGGGAAAUGCAAGAUCUUAGUGUGCAGGCAGCUGCCAGAAUCCUGUCCGUGCCAAAGUUUGAUGCUUUGAAGCUCAUGCGAGACCUCAGUCAGAACUUCCCGAGCAAAGCCAGAUCACUGACAAGAGUGGCCGUAAAGCAGGAAAUGAGAAAAGAAAUUGAGGAGAACCAAAAGCGUCUCAGCGAGACCAUCGGUGUUCACCCGGGAGACGGGGAGCUCUUCAUCAACGGACUGCACAUUGAUCUGGACUCUCACAACCCUUUCAGCAUUUUAGACAUUCUCAGAGCUGAGGCCAGGGUCUUGGAGGGGCUUCAUAACCUCGGCAUAAAAGGAGAACAUCAGGGCAAGCUGCUGAGGUUACCUGUGAACGCUGUGGAUGACAGCUAUGCCUUAGAUAUCAGACAUCCAGCUAUAAUGUGGAUAAACGACAUAGAGAAUGACCCACCGUACCGCAGCUGGCCGACGGGUGUACAGGAGCUCCUCAGAGCCACUUUUCCUGGAGUCAUCCGGCAGAUCCGACGCAAUUUCUUCAACCUGGUGCUGUUCCUAGAUCCAGUACGGGAAGAGAGUGUUGAGCUGGUGAAACUAGCAGAGCUUUUCUACAAGCACAAGAUCCCCUUGAGAAUUGGAUUUGUGUUUGUUGUCAACACCAAAGAUGAGAUUGAUGGCUUCUCAGAUGCGGGGGUUGGAUUUUUCAGACUGCUGAAUUACAUCGCAGACGAGUACGAUUUAUCCCAGGCUCUGAUGUCCAUGGUCUCUUUGUACAACAAAGUAGACGUGGGGGAGACGCUGUCUGUUGAUACAAUCUCUGCUUACCUGAAGAGAAAAUUCCCUAAAGCCAACGCUGAAAGGAUUCUCGGUGUAGAAUCCGAGUAUGAUGACAAAAGAAAGGACGGUACCCUCUUCUACAAAAAGAGUGGCCUGGGUGCUCUGCCACUGGCUUUAUUUAACGGAGUCCCUCUGAGCCCAGAUGAGAUGGACCCGGACGAGCUGGAAACCAUCCUCCUGCAGCGCAUAAUGGACACCACCACCGCCUUCCAGAGAGCUGUCUUUAUGGCUCAGUUGACCGAGGGCUCAGAUGUGGUGGACUAUCUCAUGGAGCAGGCCAACGUGGUUCCCAGGAUGAAUCCUCUUAUUCUAAGCACUGACCGGAAGUACCUCGACUUCACUGCCAAACCAGUUGUAGAUGACUGGGAGGACACAACUAUGUUUUCAUUCUUUGACUCCAGAGACAAAACAGCUGUCAUGACUAAGAGAAUGAAGUACUUUACAAAUAACGAUGACGAUGGGAUGAGUGCUGUGACCAUGUGGAUAGUCGGAGAUUUUGAGAAGGUCUCAGGAAGAAAACUGUUACACAGUGCCCUGAAACGUGUGAAGGCCAGCCCUGGAGUGCGUGUGGGGGUGAUAGAUAACCCCAGCGGAAAGCCCAGCGAAGAUAACACUGUGCUGUACAGGGCUAUCUGGGCCUCUCUCCUCACCCAGAAGAAUAAGGCUGCAGGAGAGUUUGUGCAAAAACUCCUGAAAGAGGAGAGCGGCCAGCUCCUCCAACAAGGGACCAAGAUAAAGGACUUACUGAUGCAGGGCAUGGACGGAGAUGCCUUUGAGAAAAAGUUCAACACACUGGAAGUGGAUUUUAUUCGUAGUCAGCAGCUGUUUUGUCGAGACGUCCUGAAACUGAGCCCUGGGCAACGGGCAGUGAUCAGCAACGGCAGGAUCCUCGGCCCAUUUGAAGAGCAGGAGGAAUUCACUGUGGAGGAUUUCCAGUUGCUGGAGAAGAUUACACUGAGCGGUUCUGCAGAGAAAGUCAAAGCCAAAGUAAAACUGAUGGGGAUGAAACCAAAGCACGCCAGUGACUUGGUCAUGAAAGUUGAUGCCCUCCUAACUGCAGCCCCCAAAGGAGAGGUCAGGAGGGACGUCCAAUUUAUCAAAAACAGCCACAGUGUGCUCCAUCUCUCCCCACGUGAAAACGAGGUGUUCUAUGAUGUUGUGGCCGUCGUUGACCCGCUCACUAGGGAGGCACAGAAGAUGUCCCCUCUACUGAUUGUGCUCAGUCAAGUGGUCAACGUGAGACUGCAGGUGUUUAUGAAUUGCAGGGCCAAGUUGUCCGAGAUGCCCCUCAAGAGCUUUUACCGCUUUGUCUUGGAGUCUGAUGUGAAUUUCUUGGCCAACGACACCGUGUCUCCAGGACCAGUCGCCCGCUUCAUGGAUCUCCCGGAAUCUCCCCUUCUCACCCUUAAUAUGAUCACACCGGAGAGCUGGAUGGUGCAGGCUGUCCGCAGCCCGCAUGACUUGGAUAACAUCCACCUGCAGGAGGUGAGCGGGGUUGUGACUGCGGAGUAUGAGCUGGAGCACCUCUUGCUGGAGGGCCACUGCUUUGACCUGUCAACCGGCCAGCCUCCCCGCGGACUGCAGUUUACCCUGGGCACGAGCCGGGAACCGCUCAUGCAUGACACUAUCGUCAUGGCUAACCUGGGAUAUUUCCAGCUGAAAGCCAAUCCUGGCGCCUGGAUCCUGAGAUUACGUAAAGGGAGAUCAGAGGAUAUCUAUCAGGUUCUCACGCACGAUGGAACCGAUUCCCCGGCAGAUGCUGGCGAUGUCGUUGUUGUGCUGAACAGUUUCCACAGUAAGAUCGUCAAAGUCAGGGUGCAGAAAAAGGCAGAUAAGAUGAAUGAAGAUCUGUUAAGUGAAGAUAGUGAAAGCAAAGGCAUAUGGGACUCCAUAGCAAGGACAUCUGAUUCCUCCCCUCGAUCCAGACUGCGAUAUUAUGCUGUAAGAUCUAGUCUUGCAAAAAAUAUGUGCUUCUGUAGCAUCACAGGUGGCGGCUCCAAGAAGGAUGAUGGAGAGAAGAAGAAAGAGGAUGUUCUAAACAUAUUUUCUGUGGCCUCGGGCCAUCUGUACGAGCGCUUUCUGAGAAUAAUGAUGCUGUCCGUCCUUCGGCAUACCAAAACGCCAGUCAAGUUCUGGUUCCUCAAGAAUUACCUCUCCCCGUCUUUCAAGGAGACCAUCUCUCACAUGGCGGAGUCGUAUGACUUUCAGUACGAAUUGGUACAGUACAAGUGGCCCCGUUGGCUCCACCAGCAGACUGAGAAGCAGCGCAUUAUCUGGGGAUACAAGAUCCUCUUCCUGGAUGUUCUGUUCCCCUUGGCUGUCGACAAGAUCAUCUUUGUGGACGCCGAUCAGAUAGUUCGGGCUGAUCUGAAGGAGUUGAAGGAUUUAAACCUGGAGGGCGCUCCUUAUGGUUUCACGCCGUUCUGUGAUAGCCGCAGAGAGAUGGAAGGCUAUCGCUUCUGGAAAACCGGCUACUGGGCCUCACAUCUAGGACACAGGAGAUACCACAUCAGCGCUCUGUUCGUAGUAGAUUUAAAGAAGUUUCGGAAGAUUGCAGCUGGGGACAGAUUACGAGGCCAGUACCAAGCCCUGAGCCAAGACCCCAACAGUCUGUCCAACCUGGACCAGGACCUUCCCAACAACAUGAUCCACCAGGUGGCCAUCAAGUCUCUUCCGCAGGAGUGGCUGUGGUGUGAGACGUGGUGCGAUGAUACCUCCAAAGUCUCAGCCAAGACGAUAGACCUGUGCAAUAACCCAAAGACAAAGGAGCCCAAGCUAACGGCCGCAGCAAGGAUUGUGCCUGAGUGGGUUGAAUAUGACAACGAGAUAAAACAGCUACUGAGACGGCGGGUCCAGGAACAGGAAGACACAGCAACACAAAAACAGACCCCCUCUCCUUCACAACAUAAAAAAGAAGACAAGCGGCGUGAUGAACUUUAGUGCCUGCCAGCACGGUUCUGAAGAGGAAGGAGGCAGCACCUUUUGCGAGCAGGCCACCUGUGAAGCUUGAAGACAGACAAUUCCAUCUAAACAUAGCCGUGGAGCGUUGCAUCCCGAGCCCGGAGAAUGAUGGGAUAUUUUCAGAGAUGCCAUAUCUGCUUCUGCAGUCGAUACGUCUUACACAAUUAACAUGUGAUGUAAGUGUUAAACUGCCAACUGUGAACUUCUGGUGUGCUAUCAGCACUACAAUCGGGUCUUGGUUAGUAUGUGGUUACCGGAGAAUGAAGUGAACGCAGAAAGAAUAAUGGGGUGGGGGUCAGUCGAAGCACUCUAUUGGGUGUUUGAGAAUAAAUAGUUGGCAUAUAUUGCACUGAGAAUGUAAGCAAAGAAAUUAAAUGGAGAAGGCACAUCUCUUAAGAAUCUGAUCUCAAAGUUUUUUACGUUUUUUUUUUAUUAUGGAAAACUGUUUCAAAAAGCUAAUGCAUUAAGAUAAUCUUAAUUUGACGUUGACUGAAAUGCCCAAACCAAAGUUGUGACUAACAUGAAGCUAGUCUGUUUUUAAAUUUCAUAACUGGCUGCAAAGUUGAUAAAUUAAAGCUUUGGGACUGUAUGAUUAUUAUUGAGGAGGGUAGUGUAGGGGAGGGUCUUUUUUCUUUUCUUACGCCAAGUCUUUUUUAGUUCAGCCUUUCCUUUGCAAGAUUUAUUACAUAAACAAGGGAUCAAAUGGUUACACCAAAUGAUGGCCUUCAUGGGUUAUAAAGGUGCCUUUUACAUGCAGAGGAUCACCAAUCUCUGUAUUGUAUUAUUUAUUACUAAUUGAACGUCUCUACUGUACGUAGUUGCUCCUUUAUUCUGAAUCAUAACAGAAGGCUGAACCAAAGUUAAGUUAAAGCAGCAGUGGGUAGAACUGGAGCAAAUAUGAUUUAAAAAAAAUAAGUUAUUUUUAUAAAACGGUCACUGUUUCCUGACAGUAGUGCGUUAGACAGGUAAUCUGAAAAAAAUCUGUGUCCUCCGGUGUCCUGCGGCUAAGUGAGACUACAAAACGCCAUCACGCCAACACGUCCGCCAUUACAGCCUCGUUGUGUAUACUCGCGCCCAUGUAACCGUGGUGUAGUUCAUUUAUAGCCUAACGUUAGUACUUCUGGCGAUUGCAUUCAAACUUCAAAAAAUCAUAAAAG